CCACCUAAAAAGAACGUAGCGCUCCUCAGGGGCCCCGCCCAACUCGGGGCGGCCUGGGGGCGAGGGGCGGGGCUGGGGCCGCUCGGGGCGGGGCUGUACAACGCAGCGGCGGUGCGAGUCCCUUCAGACAUGGCCUCAAAAAGAGCAUUGGUGAUUCUGGCAAAAGGGGCAGAGGAAAUGGAAACUGUCAUCCCCACUGAUGUUAUGAGAAGAGCUGGGAUCAAGGUGACUGUUGCAGGCCUAACUGGGAAAGAACCAGUGCAGUGUAGUCGAGAUGUCCUCAUUUGUCCUGAUGCCAGUCUAGAGGAUGCCAGAAAAGAGGGACCUUACGAUGUCAUUGUCCUUCCUGGAGGUAACCUUGGAGCUCAGAACUUGUCAGAGUCUGCUGCUGUUAAAGACAUUUUGAAGGAUCAGGAAAGCAGAAAAGGCCUGAUCGCUGCUAUAUGUGCAGGUCCUACUGCCCUUCUGGCACAUGGGAUAGGAUUUGGAAGCAAAGUCACAACACAUCCUUUGGCCAAAGAUAAAAUGAUGAAUGGAGCUCACUACUGCUACUCCGAGAGCCGUGUGGAGAAAGAUGGGAACAUCCUCACCAGCCGUGGCCCUGGUACCAGCUUUGAGUUUGGGUUGGCCAUUGUUGAAACGCUGAUGGGGAAGGAAGUGGCUGAACAAGUGAAGGCACCCCUAAUAUUGAAAGACUGAAAUGCUGUUGUGGGACACGGAGUAGAACAAUUUCAGGUGGAGAGUGUUGUCCUUUGUAGAGUAACUGAAAGAUGAACAAUGUAGUUGUGGAUGGGAUUAUCAGCUGUACUCAUCUAAAUUAGGACAUCUUACAGGUCUUUAUUCUUAGAAGAAAAUCCUGUUAGCAAAGAACUUCAUCAUUAGCAUCUAAAUAAUCUUAGCUCUUAACAUUUCAAGAUCGCAUGGACAAACGUUUGCUGAUGAAAUAAAAACAAAGCAACCUUGA